CUCACAGACAGCACACUUCUGCGCUCUUUCCAGCAUCUAAUCUUCUGUCCAGAGAAGAGGGAGCAAUGACUGGCAACCACUGGGGAUAUGGGGAGGACAACGGUCCAUCAGAAUGGUACAAAGACUAUCCCAUUGCAGAGGGUAACCGCCAAUCGCCUAUUGAUAUAGUCCCUGCAGAAGCUGUAUUUGAUGCCAGACUGUCUCCUAUCUCUCUGUCUUACAACAACUGUACCUCUGUCAGCAUAUCAAACAAUGGCCAUUCUGUUGUGGUGGAGUUCAUUGACUCAGAUGAGAGAUCAGUGAUCCGGGGAGGUCCUCUGGAAAACAUGUACAGGCUUAAACAGUUUCAUUUCCACUGGGGAUGCAAGGGGUGCAGUGGCUCUGAACACACAGUUGGUGGGAAAACCUACGCUUCUGAGCUUCAUCUGGUACAUUGGAAUGCCAUAAAGUACAAGUCCUUUGGUGAGGCAGCAGCAGCACCUGAUGGCCUGGCUGUCCUUGGCAUCUUUCUGGAAAUAGGUGAUGAGCACAGUGAUCUUCAUCAGAUAACAGAUUCAUUGUAUAUGGUUAAAUUCAAGGGAAGUGUUGCUGAUUUUAAGGGCUUUAACCCAAAGAGCCUCCUGCCGAACAGUCUGGAGUACUGGACAUACCCAGGCUCUCUCACAACUCCUCCACUGUAUGAGAGCGUCACAUGGAUUGUGCUGAAAGAACCUAUUUAUGUGUCAGAUAAGCAGAUGGGAAAGUUCCGGAUGCUGCUGUUUAACGGAGAGGAAGAAGAGGACCGAAAGCGCAUGGAGAACAACUUCCGACCACCACAGCCACUGAAAGGCAGGACAGUGCGGGCCUCUUUUAAAUAGCUUGGUUGCUUACUGGUGACCUGGACCGCCUAGACCACCAGUAAUGAUCUACUAUGUUUCAAGACUGUUCUAGGAUCACCUCAGAAGUUGAAGCAUUAAUAAUAAGGGUGUGGGGUUUGUUCAAUCAUGUCACUCUCUAUCUGUUGCUUAAAGCUUUUGGCCGAUGACCUCAAACACACUUUGACUUUGACAUUGAGCUCUUUGAAUCCGAGGCUCUACAUUUUUAGAUCCCUUCUCAUCCACCUUUAUCAGGCUUGUGCAAACAGAUCCUUGUUGCAGAUAUUUGUGCUUUCAAAGGGUCCAAGCUUGCUGUCGUCUGCUUUCUCACUGCUAUAGGAAAGGGUCAGUAAUCCAGGAUCAUGAAAUUUA